AGGGCAACCCUUUACUUCAAAUUGAAGUUGAGCCUACAUCAGACAACGAGGACGGCAAUGACGAGGAUUCCGGUGACGAGUUCGAGGAGAUGAACCUGUCGCUCCUGUCGGCACGCAACUUCCCGCGCAAGGCCAGCCAGACCAGCAUCUUCCUGCAGGAGUGGGACAUCCCGUUUGAGCAGCUUGAGAUCGGGGAGAUGAUUGGCAGGGGGCGUUUUGGCAAAGUUUUCCACGGACGCUGGCACGGUGAGGUGGCUAUCCGCCUGAUCGACAUCGAGCGGGACAACGAGGAUCAGCUCAAGGCCUUCAAGCGUGAGGUGAUGGGUUACCGCAACACUCGCCACGAGAACGUGGUGCUGUUUAUGGGGGCCUGCAUGAGCCCACCACACCUGGCAAUCAUCACAAGCUUGUGUAAAGGCAGGACACUUUAUUCCGUGGUGCGGGAUGCCAAGGUUGUCCUGGAUGUUAACAAAACCAGACAGAUCGCACAAGAGAUGGUCAAGGGGAUGGGCUACCUCCAUGCAAAGGGGAUCUUACACAAAGACAUGAAGUCCAAAAACGUGUUUUAUGACAACGGGAAAGUCGUCAUCACCGACUUUGGACUCUUCACCAUAUCAGGGGUUUUGCAGGCUGGCAGCCGAAGAGAAGACAAACUGAGGAUCCCCAACGGCUGGCUGUGUCACCUGGCCCCAGAAAUAAUCGAGCAGCUCUCCCCAGAGACAGAGGAGGACAAGCUUCCCUUCUCCAAACAGUCGGAUGUCUUUGCUUUUGGCACCAUCUGGUACGAGUUACACGCACGUGAGUGGCCUUACAAGAGUCAGCCAGCAGAGGUGAUCAUCUGGCAGAUUGGCAGCGGGAUGAAGCCAAACCUCGCCCAAACUGGCAUGGGGAAGGAGAUAUCAGACAUUCUGCUUCUGUGCUGGGCGUACAAGCAGGAUGAGCGGCCCAGCUUCUCCAAGCUGGUAGAUUUACUGGAAAAGUUGCCAAAACGGAAUCGUCGCCUUUCCCACCCAGGGCACUUCUGGAAGUCAGCUGAGCUGUAACGGAGGCAUCGAUGGGACUGUGUCUUUGCGUGAAGCUCGUCCUCAGCUCUGCUCACAUCUGCUCCACUGCCCACCCGCCCGCCUGCCCAACCACCCACCCUCUCUUGCCCCACCUUGCUUCCACAACCCCCACCUUUCCUGCUCUUCCUUUUUGCUCCAGCUCUUACACAUACAUGUACAUCUAAUGCCUGAUUGGACCCUUUAGCGGUCAGUAUUGGCCCACUUUGCCAGAGUGGGUGACAAACACGCCGCAGACUUUCAAACAGAGAGGCCUUUCUUCGCUCUAUGCCUGAAGCCUUUCCCCAAAACGACACCCUUGUCUUUCUGUUGAGGAAUUUCAACAACCAUACCAUUCAUGCUAUGCUGCAAGUCAUCUUAAGCUGCAAUGUGUUUUUUAAUACCAUAACUGUGCAACAUAUCAUUCUCCGCUUUUUUAGGGAGCCCCCGAGAGACAUUUUCACAGCAGCUACAAUACUGUUAAGAACAACAUCUGGAAAUAUGUAUCCAAAUUAUGCAACAGUGUCACUUUUCGGAGUCAGUUAUUUUGGUUGCUAUCCUUUUCAGACCUUAUUUAUUGAUUAUUUAAACUAAUGUCUUGGGUUCUUCCACACUGCAUUUGGAAAAUGUAUAAAUAGUCCAAUAUUUUUCUGGGUGUUAUUGGCACAAGAGUUAUGAAACUUUCUUUCAACCCUGAAAGUAAACAUUCUAUCUUGGGUGAGCAUAUCUGCCCUCUGGCAAUUCAGUAUCUACUUAUACUGACAUUAAUGGUAUUGCAUGUCUCUACUCAACUGGU